UAAACUAUAGUUGUGUUGAUUCGCGACCCUCGCGCUUUGUUCUCGUCGCAUGCUCUGCUCAUGACGGAUAGGUAAUGUUAUCAGUAGUACGCACGUUGCCCCAAUAUCGCGACGUCACACAAGCUAUCUUCGAUUUAUCUGAACUCUACCGAGCGGGCUCCCAGCGUCGAUAAACGGCCGUGUGCUGCGCAUCCAGCUGCUCCGAUGCCUUGUCGGUGUCGGGGGCGCAGCGCGGGCGCGAGCGGCAUGCGGCCCCUGCGGCAGACGCCCAUGGAGGUCGGCUAGCGCGCGCCCAGCCCCCGCGCCCCUCCCCCCGCCCCACAGCCAUGGAACUCUCUGACGUGCCGAGACACCGACCCCUUGCCUUCGAUAAGAUGGAAAGUUUAAUAAAAGAAAUGCAAGAUCCUGAAUCGGGUGUGCCUGUUCGAAGUCAAAAACUCUUUCUCACCUACAUUCCGUCUGCUUUUAUGGCCAACGCGAAGAAAGAGGCACUAGAAAUGUCUCACUCGGCUCACUCAGGUUAUGAUCUUGUCGAAUGGCUAAUGGACCGGUUCAACCUCGACGAACAAAGUAACGUUGAAGCAAUAAAUUUAGCCAAUCAACUCUGCCAGUAUGGUUACUUCUUUCCUGUCAACGAUUCGAAAAACUUAGUGUUAAAAGAUGAUUCUUCUCUAUAUAGAUUUCAAAGCCCAUAUUAUUGGCCGUGGCAACCGCCACGGGUCGGCGGCUCGGCGCCCGGCCUGGCCGGCUCCGACAACGUCGAGUACGCCAUUUACCUUGUGAAGCGAACGCUGCGCAACAAGCAGCGACAUGGUCUCGAAGACCACGAGGUCGAAGCGCUCGCCAACCUGAAGAAGAACCUGGCUGCAAAGUGGGACUUCAUUACUAUGCAGGCUGAAGAGCAGGUGCGGCUAGCGAAAGAUCGCAAGAAGGGGGAUAAGAUAGUCAGCGACAGCCAAGAGCGAGCCUACUGGAGAGUGGCGCGGCCACCGCCUGGACAGCCGAGCGUGCAGGAAACCUGCCCCGUACCUGUCCGCUCGAGGGUACCCAAGGCCAAAAAGCGGACCAUCCAGCAAAUCACCAGGGAGAUCGAACAUCUAAACGCGAGCCUGGACCGUACGCGAGUGAAGACGUCUAUUGCCCUUGAGGCCCUUAUGGCGUACUCGGAGACGUUCACUCCCUACGAUCCCUGGCUCACGCCGCCGCAGCCCUCCAACCCUUGGAUCAGCGACGACACGUUGUAUUGGCAAAUCAACAGUCCCUUAGUGGAAGUGCCAAGUGAAAAGCGCGUUCAACGUUGGGCGAUAAGCAUCGACGAGCUAGUGUCAGAUCCUACGGGGCUGCAGGAGUUCACCAGUUUCCUGCGCAAGGAGUACUCUCACGAGAACAUCCGGUUCUGGCUGGCUGUGAUGGAUCUGAGGAGGAGCAGUGUCAAGCAAAUAGCGAAGAAGCUUGAGCAGAUUUACGAAGAAUUCCUAAAGCCCGGCGCGCCGUGUGAGAUCAACAUCGACGGUGCGACAAUGGACCGCGUGGUUGAAGACAUGCGGACCGGCUCGCGGUACGCGUUGGACCACGCCGCCGACCACGUGUACUCGCUGCUGCUGAAGAAGGACUGUUAUCCGCGGUUCGUGCGCUCCGACCACUUCCGGAGGCUGCUGGAGGAGGGCAAGAAUGUGCAUCAGAAAAAGAAAUUCUUCAACUUCGGCGGCGGUCAAGUAAAGAAGAAACCGGGCAGCACCGCGACCAGCGGACUGUCGCGGCGGCGCGGCUCGGACCGGUCGCUGUCGGGCUCCGCGCACGAACUAGCGGUGUGCGCCGCGCAGCCGCCGCGUCUGGCUGAGCCGCCGCCCCACUCGCACUCGCAGUCCAACCUGGCCGACAUCCCCUUCAGGGAUCCAAUGGACGAUGACAGAUCGGACGUGGCGCCAUGGGAGACAUCAAGUCGGGAGAGCUCAUCUUACAGCGGCGCGCAACGUCGACAGGACUCCGCCGCCGACUCGGGCAGCUCCUCGUCCGACGUCAGCGCAGCCGUGUGCGGCGAGCGCGCGCGCCGCCUGCCGCAGCAGAGCACGCUGGACGGCGGGCUGCGCGGCGCGCCGCCGCCCCUGCGCCGCCUGUCCGCCGUCGAGCCGCGCCACCUCGCGCCGCUCGCCUCCCCGCCGCGUCCACGCCCCGCGCCCGCCGCCGCGCCCGUCGCUGCACCCGCCGCCGCACCCGCGCAGCCCCCGCACCCGACGCCCACCAUCAGCGUCAGCUCCGCGCCAGACGACGACUCCGCCUGCGAGCCCCCCGACUCGCCCGACGAGCCGCGCUCGCUCGCCGUCUCCGACGAGCCCUCGUCCGUGUUCGCGUCUGCCGACGCCACGCCCACCGAGCCGGCGCGCACCGCUCUGCGCGCUCUCGAGGACGCGCCCGUGCUCGACCCGGCGACGAUCGAGGAGACCGGUCCGGCCUCGAAAACUGGCAGCAAAAUCGGCGAUCUUCCAGAGAGGGCAGAGAGCGUUCCCGGGAGCGACGACGCGGAAUCGUCGCCGGCGCGGGCGCCCGCGGCCGUGCCCGCCGCGGCGCCACCCGCGCCCGCCGGCCCGACGCCGGACAGUCCCGCGCCGGUCACCCCGGCUAGUCCCGCGGCGGUGGUGGCAAGCAGCAUUGCGGCGGUGGUGCCGAGCAGGACUGCGGCGGUGGUGCCGAGUAGCACUGCGGCAGUGGUGCCGAGUAGCACUGCGGCAGUGGCGCCGGCUGCUGCGGCGCUCGCGGCUCCCGAGCCCCCCUCGCCGCCUCCCGUGGCCGUGCCGCCGCCCGCCCCCGCACCGGAGCCGGCGGGCUCGACGGUGCCCCCGACGGCGCCCCUGGCAGCGGGCUCGGCGGCGGGCUCGGCGGCGCCCCCAGCAGCGCGCCCGCCGGAAGUCGCAGGCGCUCAGGGCGCGUGGUCCCCCGUGCGGCCGCCGCCGACGCCGGUGGCGCCGCUCGCCGUGGGGGAGGACAUCGGGGUCGACGACGACCACGUAGACAAAGUGCCUUCGGCGCCCCCGCCGGUCCCGACGGACACCGCGGCGGCGGCCGAGUCGGACGCGACGAAAAAAAUUGCUCACAAAGACGAACUGUCGUCGGUUUCGAAAUCUAAUAUUGUUAAGCGUGAUAAUAAGAGCGACCUCGGUGAUCGUAAACAGCGGAACGACAUUUGUCCCUGGGAGGACGAGAACUCGUGUGAGAGUGAUGCUCCAUUUGUUAAAACGUAUGCAACGCUCGGUUACUUAUAACUUUUAAUUUGUGUAGGAAAAUAUCAAGAAUAUUUUAAAAUUGUCAGGGUUCAUAAUAGAAGAUUGAAAUAAUAUAAAUUUAAUUUUUUAUCUUAGAUCCUAUGUUCUAAUUAUCACAGAUUAGAUCAUUAUUAUGUAAUUAUAUGAAUAUUUUAAAGUAAAUGAUCGUUAAUUAUUAGAAAA